AUGGCCGGUAGCUUUUGCUGGACGAAGCUGAACGAUGGUGAGGUUAUCACCGAACAGCCGUUCAAAGAGUUGAUCGGUUUUCUACAGUAUCUGACGACACCCUCGAGAUCGGAUAUCUGUGUUGCGGUUAGCGCACUGAACAAGUACCAGGCCAACACGGUGGACAGAAACUGGCAAGGUCUGAAACGUGUUCUAAGAUACCUGCGAGGUACGACCGAUUCGGCGUUGGUAUUCGGCAGGAACGUAUAUUCGGAACCACUUAUUGGAUAUACAGAGGUAGGCCUUGCAAACGAUUCCAAUGACUGGAGAUCUGUAGCAGACUACGCAUACAUGAUCUUUGGGAAUCUUAGUUCGUGGUCAACUAAACGUCAGUGGACGGUAAGUCUGUCUUCGACCGAUACUGAGAUAGGAGCUGUGGGUGCAGGUUUCGGAUCAGUAAUAGAAGUCGAAUAA